UUUGAAUCUUGGAGGCGGCUUUUGGACGCUGGAGGCUUCGGGGCCGAAGAGGGUGUCAGAAUAUACACAGUAAUGUUGCCUCAAAAGAGAGUUAAGAAUUCCCAGGCACCAGAUAGAACUUCGCAAGUUAGGAAUACUUUACAAACCAGUCUCUCAGCCUGGAAAGUAAAACAGAAACCAAGUGACUCAAAGAUCAACUGGAAACAAAACAGUCCAGUGGAAGCUCAUGAACAUGUGGAUGACACUCUGCAAGUAGCGGUGGAAUACUUUGAGAAAGGUCCCAUUAAAACUUCACGGAGUAAAGAUAAAAUUUUGGAAAAACACUUGGAAACUGUGGAAAAUGUAGCUUGGAAAAAUGGGUUAGCCCCAGAAGCAAUUGACAUUUUAUUGAAUGUGGCGCUCAGUGGCAGAUUUGGAAAUGCUGUAAACACACGGCUAUUGAAGUGCAUGAUUCCAACUACUUUAAUAUCAGAAGGUUCUGUGGUUAAAGCAGUCUCCUGGCUCUGUGUUGGCAAGUGUUCUGGUAACACCAAGGUACUUUUCUAUCGUUGGCUGGUUGCAAUGUUUGACUUCAUUGAUCAUAAGGAACAAAUUAACUUGCUUUAUGGGUUUUUUUUUGCUUCACUGCAAGAUGAUGCACUGUGCCCUUAUGUCUGCCACUUGCUGUAUUUACUCACCAAAAAAGACAAUGUCAAACCAUUUCGUGUAAGAAAGCUGCUUGAUCUUCAGGCCAAAAUGGGAAUGCAGCCUCAUCUCCAGGCUUUGUUGUCACUGUAUAAGUUCUUUGCUCCUGCUUUGAUUUCUGUAUCUUUGCCUGCAAGGAAAAAGAUCUACUUUAAGAAUUCAAAGGAUCUUUGGGAUUCAGCUGUGCUUGCUGUGAGACUUAGAAACCAUGGACAUUUUUCUGAACCUCUAAAACUGACAUUAAGUCCGGCUGACUUACGUCCUCUAAAAAGAAAGUGGAAUUCUCACUCAGUUAUACCAGGGCUAAAGUCUGGUAGCUACGCUAAAGGAUGUGGAAAAAAAGAGAUGAGUCUUUCCGAUUGUCUCAGUUGCAAUAGAUCACUUCCACUAGAACAGCUUCAAAGCUUCCCUCAACUCUUACAAAACAUUCAUUGCUUAGAGCUGCCCUCUCAGAUGGGCUCAGUGCUGAACAACUCUCUGCUGCUUCACUAUAUGAACUGUGUCACAGAUGAGUCACUCUUACUGAGGCUGUACCACUGGUUGAGUCAAACAUUACAAGAAGAAUGUAUUUGGUAUAAGGUGAAUGAUUAUGAACAUGGAGAAGAAUUUACCAACUUCUUGGACACCAUCAUCAGGGCAGAGUGCUUCUUACAAGAGGGGUUUUAUUCCUGUGAAGCUUUCCUGUAUAAGAGCAUUCCUCUCUGGGAUGGCUUUUGUUGUCGGUCACAGUUCCUUCAGCUUGUGAGCUGGAUUCCUUUUAGUAGCUUCUCUGAGGUGAAACCACUACUUUUUGACCAUCUGGCACAGCUCUUCUUUACAUCAACCAUUUAUUUCAAGUGUAGUGUUCUUCAGAGUCUAAAAGAGCUACUACAGAAUUGGCUGUUAGGGCUUUCUAUGGACGUCUACAUGAAACCUACAACGAGCAGUCCUCUAGAGACAACUUUGGGUGGAUCCAUGAACUCUGUGUCUACACUGAUUCACUAUGUAGGAUGGCUGUCCACUACUGCCUUGCGCUUGGAGAGCAACAGUACUUUCUUGUUGCACUUUAUUUUGGAUUUCUAUGAGAAGGUAUGUGACAUAUAUAUAAAUCAUGAUCUUCCAUUAGUGGUAUUGUUUCCUCCUGGGAUCUUCUAUUCUUCACUCCUCAGCUUGGAUACCAGUGUCUUGAACCAGCUUUGUUACAUUAUUCACAGGUAUCAUAAAAAUUUGGUUGCUGCAAAGAAGAAUGAGUUGCUACAAAAGGCAAAAUCAGAGUUCAGUUUCAGCAGCAAGACUUGUGAACAAUUUAAUCAUUAUUUGAAAACCAUGGUUGGUUGCCUGUGGACAUCCAAACCCUUUGAGAAAGGAAUAUAUAUUGAUCCCAAAAUCCUAGAAAAAACUGGAAUACUGAAGUAUAAAAACAGCUUAAAUAUAGUCCAUCACCCUUCUCUAUUAAGCUAUGCUGCUUCCUUUGUGCUACAGGAAAGCCCGGAAGAAAGGACAGUAAACAUGAGCUCUAUUCAGGGGAAGAAAUGGAGCUGCUAUUUGGAUUAUUUAUUUUCAGAAGGAUUACAAGGCUUGAAAUUUUUCAUAAGAAGUAGUAUUCAUCAUUCUUCUGUCCCCUGAUCAGAAAGCAUAACCACAGCGAUGAACAUUAAAUAAUGAAAGUUGGCAUAGAACAAACUGAGCAUGCUGGACUAAAGCCUUCCUCAUUGCUGGCCAGGCCAACUAGCUCAACUUUAAUUUCCAUAUUUAAUUCACUAACAGACUACAAUCUUCAAAUAGUGUUUAGACUGUUCUUUUGACCAUGCCUCAGGAGAACCCUGGUGUGGCUAACUUAUUUUUUAGGAGUUAGAUUUUUUAGCUUACUUGUGAAAAAUUACCUCUUUAUUAUCAGGCUCUGCCUUCCACCAAGUAAUGAAUGAGGAGACAAAUAUGCUUUGUGGUGGGAUUUUUUAUAUUUUUGUGUACUAUAACCUGCAUUGAUGGAACAGAGCAGAUAUGGUAGUAUAUGGCGGUAGCUAAUCCACAGACACACUUGUACAAAACAUUCUGCUACCCUAGUGGAAGCUCUGUGGAUAUUGCCAUUUUUCUUUCAUGAACAUUGCCAGCACCAAAUUAAUAGAAUAGAACAUAUGUGACUCUAGAUGCCUAAAGUAGCUGAUGUGUUCAUAGAUCUUUACUGGUAGCAAUUUAUGGAGGGAAGGAAGAAGAGGGAAUUAUGGGGAUAAUCAAGGCAUUUCUGUUUAUGCUGGUUUGACUUUAUGGAAAUGCUCUAUUUUACUUAUGUGUAUAUGGAUAUAUCUAGUUUUUAAAUAUUUAAGCCUAUAUAAUUUAAUUGCAUCUUUAUUUGCAGAAAUAUUCCUGAAGCUUUUAAGAUUUUCCAUAAUAACUAUAAUACAUAGCUUGAAAUUUACUAUAAAAUUUUCCUUCAGUGCUGCUGAAUAACUCCCCCUUUUAAAUAAAAUUCAUAUUAUUUGAGAAGGUUAAAGCGGAAUUAUCUUUGCUUUAAGGGCCUAUUCUUGGUUCUUUUUCUCCUUACCAUUCAGGCAUAAACAAUAUUAUUGGGUAUUUUGAAACUAGAAAUCCCAUUCAUUGAUUUAAUUGAUAUUUAUUAAGUUCCUUACUGUUCCUUACUGCCAGGUAUUCUGUGUGCCGAUUAUCCAGCUGUGACUAACACAGAGUACCUGCUUUUAUAGAGUUUGCAUUCCAAUGAAGAAGACAGACAAUGAGGAUGUAAGUAAAUAUAUAUCAGAUGCUAUGAAAAAAAUCAUGGGGUAAGAACAGAUUGUGGAGAAGGUUUAUUCCUCAAGAAAAGGUAGUUAUAGAAGGCCUGUGUGAAGAGGUAUCAUAGGGGGAGGCCCUAAUGAAGCAAGCACAUAAGCCAUGUGACAAUAUGGAGAAAGAGCACUCUGAGCAGUGUUAAAGGCAAAUGAAGAGGCCCUAAAAUGACAAUAUGUAUGGUAUAUUUGAGGGAUAGUAGAGAAGCCAGUGAGAUUAACGUAGUGUUUAAGAAGAGUGGAAAGAAAUUACAGGGAAGAAGCCGGAGACUGGCUCAUGAAGUGUCUUUAUAGCCUGGCAUGAGUAUGUCAGUGGAAACCAUUAGAGAGAUUGAGAAGAGGAGUGACAUAGUUUGAGUCCCCUGUAUGAAAUAAGGAGCUGCAGUAUGAAGGUUAGACUGUGGAAGAUUGAAGGGUUGGAGAGGCAGAGAGACCAGUUACCUUGUGUUCCACUCUUGAGCUAGUGUCAUAGCUGAUGAGGAAAUGGUUAGAUAUUAGAUUUAGGGUGUAUUUUGCAGGUAGAGAAGUUAGGACCUGCUGAUAGAUGAGAUAUGAGUAGAAGAAAAAGAGGAGUAAAGGAUUAUAGAUUGUUGACCUGUCCAAGAGACAGAUGGGGCAUACUGGAGGAAGAACGGAUUUGGAGAAGUAUGGAAUUGAGUUCUAUUAUGUGAGGUUAGAAGUAGCCAACUGGCAAUUAGAUACCUAACUCUGGGCUUCAGGGUACAAUUUAGGACUGGAAAAAUUAACUUGGGAGGAAUGAGGAAAUAACCAUGGCACUGGAUGAAAUUACCUAGCGCAGCUAGAGAAGAUAGCAAAGGACCAAGCCCUGGGGUACACCAGCAUAAAGAAGUAGAGGUGGAAAGGAAAAACCAGUAAAUGACUGGAAAGGACUUACUAGCAAGCUAGAAGAAAAAUCAGGAGACCAGUAUGCUAGAGGCCAGGAAAGAAAGUGUUUCAAGGAGAUGAGUUAUGGGCCAAGGAUGUAGCUCAGUGGCACAGCGCCUGCCUGUCAAGCAUGAGCUCGUGAGUUCGAUACCCAGUACCAAAAAAAAAAAAUCUUUAAAAAAAGUUGUUUCGUGUAAGUAGAGGGUAGAAGAGUGGUUAUCAGAAACUAGGAAGGGUGGAGAAAAGAUACCUAAUGGGUGGAGGUGUCACUGGAUAGAAGGAAUUAGCAUUGUAGGACAAUUAUGGUUGACAGCAAUUCACUGUAUAUUUCAAAAGAGCUACUAAAGAAGAUUUUAAAUAUUUGCCAACGAAAAGAAAUGAUGUAUUUGAGAUGAUGUGUGUACAAUUUACCCUGAUCUGAUCAUUACAUAUUGUAUAUAUGUACAGAGAUAGCACAUUGGAGCCCACAAAUACGUUCUACUAUAUGUCAGUUAAUUUUUGAAGUUAAAUAAUUAAAUCAGAAAUUCAGUUCCUCAAAAACAAAAGUGUUUAUUGGUAUGGAAUGUUGUCUGUUACUUGGAAAACAGAAGCUUUAGGCCUUUUGAAGUAAAUGUGAUAUCUUCCCCAGUGAAUAACCUUUUUCCAUCUGGAAACUUCUCUGUGUUUUCAAGUUAAUACUCCAAAUAGUUUUCUAUAUUGUUUUUCAGAAAAUGAUAUUUUGGUCCUUAAGAUCUUUAGAACUUUGAAUUGUGAGAAGGAAUUUGAUUAUUUUUUGUGCUGUUCUCCAUGAAAUUCAACCCCUAAAAAUCAUCAGGUAAUUGAAGAAACUUUUCUGAAAUUAAAUAUAUGUUUCAGAAGAAAAAGUUUCCUUUAGGUUUUUCUUUUUGUUCACUAAUGCUCCCCUGACCCCUUAUUGUGUUCUCUAAGUAACUACUGUAAAGAUACCAAUACACAAUGUAUUAACUAUUGCUA